CGGUGAAAGCCGCAGUAAGAGCCUCAACCCCCGGCAGGCGUGAAGGGUGAUGAGUCUGAGAGCGCCAAGAGAUACAGGGCUGAGACGUGAUUUCGCGAACCUUUGGACGCGUUCGUGACGUACCUUACCUGGCCUCGCCCAGCUUCUCUCUCCACCACUACGUACGCCGCGUUUCGACGUGUACUCGCGCAAUUCCAGGCGCAUUUCUGUCAGCAGUCAACAGAGAACCCCAACCGCCAAUAUGGGUAUCAAGAACCUCUACCAGGUCAUCAGCGAGCAUGCGCCGGCUGCGAUCAAGACGGGCGAGAUCAAAAACCAAUUCGGUCGCAAGGUCGCCAUAGAUGCGUCAAUGAGCAUCUACAGCUUCCUCAUCGCCGUGCGCUCCGACGGCCAGCAACUCAUGAGCGACACCGGCGAAACCACCUCUCAUCUCAUGGGCCUCUUCUAUCGCACUCUCCGCAUGGUCGACAACGGCAUCAAGCCCCUCUACGUCUUUGACGGCGCCCCGCCCAAGCUCAAGUCCGGCGAACUUGCGAAGCGCUUCCAGCGGAAAUCCGAAGCCCACGCCCAGGCCGAGGAAGCAAAGGAGACUGGCACCGCAGAAGACGUGGAGAAAUUCUCGCGCCGGACGGUGAGGGUGACGAGGGAGCACAACGAGGAGUGCCAGCAGUUGCUGAAGUUUAUGGGUAUCCCGUAUAUUGUCGCCCCGACCGAGGCAGAGGCUCAGUGCGCUGUUCUUGCGCGGGCAGGCAAGGUGUACGCGGCCGCGAGUGAGGAUAUGGACACACUGACGUUCAAUGCGCCAAUCCUACUGAGGCAUCUUACCUUCAGUGAGCAGCGCAAGGAGCCAAUCCAGGAAAUACACCUGGACAAGGCGCUUGAGGGCUUAGAGAUGGACCGGGAGCAGUUCAUCGACCUCUGCAUCCUCCUCGGAUGUGACUACCUCGACCCCAUCAAAGGCAUCGGCCCCUCCACCGCCCUAAAACUCAUCCGCGAACACAAGACCCUCGAAAAAGUCGUCGAGCACAUGAAAUCCAACUCCAAAUACACGAUUCCCGACGACUGGCCCUUCACCGACGCGCGCCUCCUCUUCCUCGAACCCGACGUGCGCCCCGCUGACGACCCCGCCUGCGACUUCAAGUGGGAAGCGCCGGAUAUCGAAGGCCUCGUCAAGUUCCUAGUCGAAGAGAAACACUUCAACGAGGACCGCGUACGCAACGGUGUCGCGAAGCUGCAGAAGAACCUCAAAACGGCGCAGCAGUCAAGACUAGAGGGUUUCUUCAAGCCAGUCGAGAAGACGGCCGAGGAGAAGGCGAGUCUGAAGCGCAAGGCAGAGCAGAAGCUUGAGGAGAAAAAAAAGAAGCAGAAGCAGACUGCCAAGGAGAAGAAAGCGGCCAAAGCGAAGCCCAAGGGUGGUGCGUAGAUGCCAAAGGUGCCAAGGGUGUGAAUACUUUGAUGACGCGGGGUCUGGGCGAUAGUGGAGCACAUGCGGCGUUAAAUGGGCAUUCCAUGGGAGUUUUGCACGGUUAUGGGCGGCAUACCCAAUGAUGAGUACGGUAUGGUAUGCUGUGGCGGUUAACCUGUGCGGAUGUAAACAGCAUCGUACGGGUCCACAUGGUUUUGUUUCUCAGAUCUCCGCCAGAUACCUGCGAAGAUAACACUUAUGGAAAUCCGA